UGCUCAUGUAGCGAGUCGGCUUGUUAUCAUUGUUAGCCCACUGUUGAUGGCUACGCAUCAUUUUAAAAUGGAAUGAAAUACCAGCCUGUUGGAAGAAUAAAUUUAGAUAUUGACACUGACAGUCCAGCGUAAUGCUACGAGCAGGAAACGCUGUCGCCUGUGCGGCCUGCAGGAUCCUGGUGCGCCCCUGCAUGGCUGUGAGGUUCCCCCUGCCCUUACAGAAACUGCACCCGCUGUCCCGCGCCAUCCAUCACCGCUACUCCUCCAACACCAACCCCUGCCGCCCCAGCCCGUGCCCGACCGCCCGCCACUUCACCUCGCUGUCCCGCCCCCCACUUCGCUCGUCGCGCCUCUCCUCCUCCGGGGGGCAGGGCUACCAGCAGCGCCGCAGCCUCUGGGUGGUCCAGUUGGCCAGCAGGCUUCUGAGACUGCGCUAUAUCCUUCUGGGCUCCGCUGUGGGAGGAGGCUAUACUGCCAAAAAGACUUACGAUGAAUGGAAGGACAUGAUUCCAGAUCUGAGUGAAUACAAGUGGCUGCCCGAUUUUGUGCGGGAAAUCACUGACCAUGUGGACAUGGAUAAACUCACCAAGGCCUUGCCUGAUACUGAAGAGCUGGCGAAGCUGCUGCCUGACCUGGGCAAGAUUGGAGAGAGCUUCUCCUUCCUCAAAAACCUCCUCUCUAAUGGUGUGGUUAUGGGUAGUGAGGUCACAGGAGCUACCGGUCUGCAUCUGUUGUUAGAGUCCUCUGGGGAGCCUGCACUUACGCCUGCUGAAAACCAAGGACCUGACACUGAUGAUAAGAAGGAUGUGCUGAGUGAGCUCAUUCUUGCUCAGCAGCAGGUCCGGCAGAAAGAGGAGGAGACGCCCGAAGCACCGCCUGAAAACCCCACCCCACCUCCGAGCACCACAACACCCAAACGCAAGACCUCGGAGAAGGAAAAGAUAGACCAUCUACAAGAGGAACUGCUCCGCACUCAGAUGAAGUACCAGCGCAUGCUGGAGCGGCUGGAGAAGGAGAACAAGGACCUGAGGAAGGAGGUGCUGCAGAAGGAUGACAAGGGCAUCCACCAGAGGAAGGUCAAGAAGUCUCUCAUUGACAUGUAUUCGGAGGUGUUGGACAUCCUGUCAGAUUAUGACUCCAACUACAACACUCAGGAUCAACUACCAAGGGUAGUGGUUGUGGGGGACCAGAGUGCAGGGAAGACCAGUGUGUUGGAGAUGAUCGCCCAGGCCCGGAUCUUCCCCCGGGGUUCAGGGGAGAUGAUGACCCGUUCUCCUGUCAAGGUGACCCUAAGUGAAGGACCUCACCACGUCGCCAUGUUCAAAGACAGCACCCGUGAGUUUGACCUGGACAAAGAGGACGACCUGGCAGCGUUGAGGCACGAGAUCGAGAUCAGGAUGCGCAAGAGUGUGAGGGACGGGCAAACAGUGAGCCCUGAGACAAUUUCACUGAGUGUGAAGGGUCCAGGUCUCCAGAGGAUGGUGCUGGUGGAUCUGCCGGGAGUCAUCAGUACUGUGACCGCAGGCAUGGCCGCAGACACUAAGGAGACCAUCUUCGGCAUCAGCAGGGCCUACAUGCAGAACCCCAAUGCCAUCAUUCUCUGCAUUCAGGAUGGGUCGGUGGAUGCUGAGCGCAGCAUCGUCACAGACCUGGUCAGUCAGAUGGACCCCCAGGGGAAGAGGACGAUCUUUGUGCUGACAAAGGUGGACCUUGCCGAGAAGAACCUAGCCAGCCCCAGCAGGAUUCAACAGAUAGUUGAAGGGAGAUUGUUUCCCAUGAAGGCUCUGGGCUACUUUGCUGUGGUGACUGGAAAAGGCAGUAGCAGUGAAAGCAUUGAUGCAAUCAAAGAUUACGAAGAAGACUUCUUCCAGAGUUCCUCAUUAGUAAAGAAUGGGAUGCUGAAGCCUCACCAAGUGACCACCAAGAACCUGAGUCUGGCCGUGUCUGACUGCUUCUGGGAGAUGGUGAGCGAGUCUGUGGAGCAACAGGCAGACGCUUUUAAAGCAUCCCGUUUCAACCUGGAGACUGAGUGGAAGAACAAUUACCCACGCCUAAGAGAGCUGGACAGGAGCGAGCUCUUUGAAAAAGCCAAGAAUGAAAUCCUGGACGAAGUGAUCAGCCUCAGUCAAGUCACACCGAAGCACUGGGAGGCCAUCCUCCAGAAGAAGCUUUGGGAGAGGAUGCACACCCACGUCAUCGAGAACAUCUACCUGCCUGCCGCUCAGACCCUGGACUCGGGCACCUUCAACACCACCGUGGACAUCAAGCUCAAACAAUGGACAGAUAAACAGCUACCACACAAAGCACUGGAGGUGGCCUGGGAAGCCCUGCAGGAGGAGUUCACUCGCUUCGUGUCGGAGAACAAAGGGAAGGAGCAGGACGACAUCUUCGACAAGCUCAAGGAGGCCGUGAAGGAGGAGAGCAUCAAGAGACACAAGUGGAAUGAGCAGGCGGAGGAAAGCCUGAGGGUGAUCCAGCACAAUGCCCUGGAGGACCGCUCCAUCACCGACAAGCCCCAGUGGGACGCCGCCAUCCAGUUCAUGGAGGAGACCCUACAGGCGCGCCUGAAAGACACGGAGGGGGUCAUCGGCGACAUGGUGGGCCCUGGCUGGAAGCAGAGGUGGACACAGUGGAAGAGCCGCAGUCAGGAGCAGCAUAUCCGCAAUGAGACCAAGAACGAGCUGGAGCGUCUGCUGAAGGUGCAUGAAGACCACACUGCCUACCUGGCCAACGACGAGGUUACCACCGUGCGCAAGAACCUGGAGGCCCGCGGGGUGCAAGUGGAUCCCAUACUGAUAAAAGACACCUGGCACCAGUUGUACCGACGGCAUUUCCUGCAAAGGGCGCUGUCUCACUGUAACCUGUGCCGGAGGGGCUUCCACUACUACCAGAGGAACUUUGAGGACUCAGAGCUGGACUGUCACGAUGUGGUUCUGUUCUGGAGGAUCCAGAGGAUGCUGGGAAUCACAGCAAACACGCUGAGGCAGCAGCUGACCAAUGCCGAAGUGCGGCGCCUGGAGAAGAACGUGAAGGAGGUUCUGGAGGACUUCGCGGAAGACUCGGAGAAGAAGAGUCAGCUGAUCACGGGCAGGAGGGUGCAGCUGGCCGAGAACCUGAAAAAAGUCAGAGAGAUCCAGGAGAAACUGGAUGCCUUUAUAGAAGCCCUUCAUAAGAGCAAGUAAUGAGGUUUUUAAGCAUGGCCAUCAGUGGAAAGCAGUGGAGCGAGUGACUGCCUAUCAUCGAAGACGAACGAGUCCUUCCUGGAAACGACCUCUGACCUUUUAUCUUUUCUCUUGUCUGAUGUGAACACUGCCUGCUGUGAUUGAGAGUACCACGAUCUGAGGACUGUGGAAGCAAGGCGAGAUGGAGCCUGUACAGUAGAGCACUUUUGCAUUUCUGGACGAACGUCACUUUCACGGCAGUUUUCCACCGAUGGUGCUGCAACACUCGUCCUUUGUUCGUAGAAGAUGUGAUCUUCGGGUUCACCAAAAGCUGGUCUCCUGCUCACAGGAAAUCUGCUGUCAGGGAGAGGGGGAGACGCACUCUUUGCUAUGACUGGAUCAAAUAGUAGAGGGAGACCGCAUGGGGAAAAUGGCCGUUCCUUCACAAGUCUUUAUGAAGCUGUGCUGAUACACCACGGUACAUCUGUCAGUGAUUGAUGGGAGAAGGCAGGUGGAGGUUGGUAGGCGUGAACAGACCUUGAGAAACUGGACUGGAUGGACUUUGCAGUGAGUCUGACACAGGGAAGGGGCCAGGACCACAGCCACAUCCUCCACUGACUCAGUGGCUCAGUCUAAGCAGUAACUAGAUCAUCACUCCCAUUCUGUAUGUGUGUGUCCUGUGCUGUGCUUGUAUCAUGCAGAAUGCCAGGACACUUUUGACAUGCCCCAGCUACAAGUAGUCCUCAGAAUCGUGACCCCAGCGUGGCUCAUUUUGGGUUUCUGUUAGCGGUCUCCUUUUACGGCCCUAUGGGCGGGGCGUUAACACAGUGGGGGCGGAGAGUUGCUUUUCCCGACUCGGACCGUUUUUAUGGGAGAGCGAACAUCAGGAAGGAGGAACGGAACGUGCGAUCACCUCAAGUGGAGCUACCAACACGCACAAACAUGCUCAGAUCAGUGGAACAGGCUCUGCUCAGUGGAGUCUCUCUCCUUUACAGGUACCUACAGUGACAGUGACAGUCUUACUCCCCAGCCAGUAAGAUCCUCCGGGUGGGCAAAGGUUCGGGAGCAGGUCACGAGAAGGAAACUGUCACACCGGAUUCCAUACGUCCACAUGUAUGAAUGCUAAAACCCAAAAGCUGUGUACAUGGGAAUGAAAUUAAACUCACUAAUUGUGUCACUGUUUGGAGGGAUCAGCAGUGCGCUGUUCUUGUAUUAUUAUAUUAUUAUUAUUCCACCGGUGU